AUGACGAAUCCAAAUGAGACGUUGAUCAUCGUCACAGCUGAUCAUGGCCAUGCACUCACACUUCCUGGAUAUUCGCCAACUAAGGAGACACUUUUUGAAAGCUCGAAAGUCGAGCAUCGUGAGGAGAACACAGUCAAAGAAGCCACGAAUUUGGGUAGCCUCCAAAUGUUCUUCGCGCUACAGGACGGAUUCAGGAAUGGUUUUGGAGAUCACAGUAGCACUGACAUAGAGCAACCAUUCUAUCGUCAACCAACAGCAGUUCGAACCCAAUUUGGGUACCAUGGAGGUGAAGACGUUGGCAUUUGGGCUGAUGGACCGUUCUCAGAGUUGUUUUCGAGUUCUUUGGAGAACACUGAAGUCGCCUACAUCGUGAAGUUCCUUCUAUGCUUGAGCACCACUGACUUCACAAUUUGUGAUAUUCCUUCGAAGUCGGAAGUGCUGUCAAGAGAUUCAAGAGAUCCAGCGCGCCUCAAUGCAUUGGAAAAAGUCGUGGGUGGCUGGAUCCAAAGUCCACUAGCAGUAGUAACUGGCUCACCCGUAAAGAAGACAGCAGAUGAACCUGACGGUACCCCAAAUGGGUAUUCAGCAUUUGAGGAUAAUGCAUUUCUGUAUUAUGGAUGGGGCCAGGUUUGA